CACGCUCACUCUCACAAAGAACUUGAAGAGUGGCUGAUGCGGUCAGAGGUUGCUCAGAAGCGGAAGCAAUCAGCAAAACAUCAGGGGCUGUUACCCUAUCAGGACAGAAUACUGGAGGAAUACAGGAACUGUAGAAAUGAAAUACUGAUUAUGUCAGAAGAAGUUGAUGACGUUAUGAUUUCUUGUGAUUGUGCGUUAAGAAUACCUUAUUACAAGAGAAGAUCUAAACUGAAGUGGAACUUUCACAUAAAAUCACAGAAACCAUUGUUGUUUGUUGCACUGCUGAAGAGAGAUCCGGGUGCAGUGUUCUGGUUGGAAGGAAAAGAUAUACCAAAGAAGUGUGCUAUUUCUGAAGGCAUCAAAUUCCGAAUAUCAGAAACUUCCUAUCAUGUUGGUGUCUUAUUUGAAGCUGGGACCUUAGGAAUUUAUGACCAGUGGGUUGUUUUUGAUUUUGGAAGCCGACCUCUCCUUGUCAGGAAGAUUUAUGUCAGUAAAACAAGUGCUUUCCAACCACCAGAAAACCCAAACACCGAUGCCCAAUUUGUCGAUCUGGAGAGGUGGCACAGUGGCAAUCGGAGGAUUGUACCUUGCGUGGAGAAAACUGAGAAUGAACUUCUGGUGUUGCAGGAGUACAAGUCACCUGCUUUAUCAUUGGAAUAUAAAGUGAAAGACAUGGCAAACAUUCCGAUAACACGUGUGAAUUACAGAGAGAGAAUGCACAAUUUCCUGUAUCGAGAGGAACAAGCUGAAGAAGGUGUAGUUUCACGGCUGAGUCUAAUGACGACCAUUUUUAUCACUGACAUGUUGGAAGAUGUAUUUGAAGGUUUAAAAAUUGCACAAAAUGGAGAAUUAUUUGCCGUUUUUCCAUCCCCUUCUGCUUUGACUGAUUCAAAUGAAGGCUUCCUGUUCAAGAGAGCAGUUAAUACCGUGCUGUUAGCACCAAGUCCAUCAUCGCACAAUGUUGUUUAUGAGGCUGCCAUCAUUCGUGAAGCUACUACUGAAAAGCGCCUUGCUCUGAAGCUGUCUCUGCGUUGCCACACUGAGCUUGCAUUCCACAAAGGAAGCCAUCACAACGUAGAGAUUCAAUUCCAAUUAGACCGGCUUCCUUUUUGCUUCAGGCACCAAGCUGUGGAUAGACUUCCAAAUGAGCAAAUUAUUUUUCCAGAUAUUGUCAACUGUUCCAUUCCUCAGUUUACUGAUCCUAUUCUGACUGGAAACCAGAAGCAACGAGCUGCUGUUGCCUUCAUAGCUGGAGAAACAACUGGGAAAAAAUCAGCCCCCCCUCUUCUAAUUUAUGGGCCAUUUGGAACUGGAAAGACCUUUACCUUGGCAACAGCUGCUUUGGAAAUAUUGAAGAACCCAAAUACUAGAUUACUGUUAUGUACUGACACUAAUAGUGCCGCAGACUUGUAUGUCAAGGAUUAUUUUCAUUUCCAUGUGAAUGCUGGGAAUCUUCACGGAAGACCACUGCGAAUGAAAUAUGUGAGGCAAAACCCCAUUCACACUGAUCCCAUCACAAAACAAUAUUGCUUAUUUUCAAACAGUGCAUUUGUUUUGCCUGACAGAAGUACUUUAGAAUCAUACCGUAUAGUCAUCACCACUUGCAUGGAGGCAAAAUUGUUUUCUGAACUCAAAUUGCCCCUUGGCUUUUUCACACACAUCCUGAUUGAUGAAGCAGCUCAGAUGUUGGAAUGUGAUGCUCUGAUUCCACUUGCCCUAGCUAGCAAUAAAACACGAAUCGUUCUUGCAGGAGAUCACAUGCAAAUGACACCCAAACUUUUCUCCAUCGAAAGUAAUGAGAUGGCAGACUACACCUUGCUCAAUCGUCUGUUCCAAUUUUAUCAGAAGGAAAAACAUGACAAAGCAACCAAAAGUCGCAUCAUCUUCAGGGAAAAUUAUAGAUCAGUGAAGGAGAUCGUUCACUUUGUGUCAAUGCACUUUUAUAUGCUAAAGGCUGAUGUCAUUCAAGCAAGUGGAAACAUUCAGCCUCAUCCUCAGUUCUACCCUUUGAUGUUUUGCUAUGUUCAUGGUAUCAGCAGUUUCAACUCUUCCAAGUUAUCCUGGUAUAAUGAGGCUGAAGUUUUUGAAGUUGUUGAAAAAGUACAGUCAGUUCUGAAUAGCUGGCCCGUGGAGUGGGGACAACUGGAUCCAAGCUCAGUGUGCGUAGUGUCUUCUGAAGGAUUUCAGGUUCAGUGCUUGAGGCACAGACUCAGGCAAUGUGGAUAUUCAACAGUAACUGUCGAGAAUGUUUUCAAUAUUCAAGGAAAACAGUUCAGAGUGAUGAUCAUCUCUACAGUACAUACUUGUGAAAGCUGCACUUCUUCAAAGAGUGCUAAUUUGGAGUUUUUCAAUCAGUCUAGGGUUUUGAACACGGCGAUGACACGAGCCCAGUCUCUUGUGAUUGUUGUGGGUGACGCUGUGGCUCUUUGCUCUGUUGGAAACUGCAGCAAAAUUUGGAAAAAUUAUAUUCAGGAGUGUAUUGACAAUCAAGGCAUUUACCCAGAGGACCUCACAAUGGAGCAAAUUAAACAGGCCGUUAUUGACACUGAGAACUGGGCUUGUAAGGCAGAAGAUGAAAAUGACAAUGAUUCUUGUUACUCAGAUAAAGAUGUCGAUCCAAUACUGCAAGAACUUUUAGAUGAGAGCAAGAAUGUGACUUUAACAGUGACAGAAGAAGGAUUGAUGGAUAUUGUUGUGGCAGAUGAAAUAGAACCAGAGGAGAACAUCAAUAAUCAAAUUCCAGCAGGAGCCAUUCAGUCCUUACAGAAGAGGAAAAAUGCACAGUACACAGAUUAUCCUUUACAUGUGCUGCAGACACUGCUAUUAACUCAGCCUUCAAAGUAUAAGCGAUGUGAGAUAAUCAUGGAAAAAUUUUACAAAGGCUAUGCUGUCACCCUUGAUGAUCCUCAGUCUAUACACAUUAAGAUAAAAGGUCGACUUAACUGUGGACAUUCAUUUCCUGGUGAUCAAGUUUUAGUUGAAAUUCUGGAUCAUGAUUCAGGCCAAGUUGAUAAUACUAAUCUAAGCGGAAAAGUGGUUGGAGUAUUGAAAGCAGGCGAUUUACCAAGAAUCUUCAUCUGCACAGUUGAUGAAUAUGAUUCGCAUGUAAUGAUCCCUAUCAAUAAAUGUGUUACAAAACUCUACACACCACCAGUGGAUAAAAAGUCUCGUAACAAAAUCCCUAUUCGCAAACGCAAAAAAGACAAAAUUGUGACAACGCAAAUUAUAUGUCUUACUGAAGAAAUAAGGAGGAAUUAUUUCUUUGUAGUUGAACUGCUAUGCUGGCGAAGCUGCUUUUACUUGCCACUGGGAAUUGUAACUAAAAUGCUUCCUGCAGCGGUAACAAUGGAAACAGGAAUGGAAAUACUGAACUUGGAAUAUCAAAUUCAUGACAGCUAUCCAAAAGAAAUUCUGAAAGAGAUAGCAAAAUAUAGCCAGACUAAUAAUAUUUUGGAGGGAAAUCGAAAGGACUGCCGGAAGUAUUUAACGUUCACUGUGGAUCAUAUGAGUUCCACAGAUCUUGAUGAUGCAAUUAGUGUGAGAGAGUUAGGUGACAAUUAUGAAAUUGGGAUUCACAUUGCAGAUGUAGCAAGCUUUGUGCCAAGAGGUAGUUGCUUAGACCGUGAGGCGCUCAAGCGUGGAGUUACUCAUUAUCCGCCUGGCAGAGAUCCAAUUCAUAUGCUCCCACCAAAGCUCAGUGAAGAAGUCUGCAGCCUGCUACCAGAAAAACCACGCAAGGUCAUCUCUCUGUUUGUUGUUGUGCAAAAGAGUACAGACAAAGUUGUUAAAGCAAACUUUUCACUUUCUGUCAUUCAAUCAGAUAGGAAACUUUCCUAUGAUAAAGCAGAGGAUAUCCUCAACUGCUUUAGUGGAAGUGAAUUGAGAUUUGACACUUUGGAAGAUUCAAUUGCAACAGCUUUUCACUUCUCCAGAGUUCACAGAAAAUGUCGACUUCAGGACGAUUGCUAUUAUGAUCAGGCAGAUGAAGAGAGACGCCUAGGAAAUAGAAAAUCCCAGCAGAUGAUUGAAGAAUUAAUGAUAAUGAUGAAUAGCUUUGUUGCUGAAUUCUUGACCAACAAAACAAAAACAGUGAGUGUGACACCAUUGAGAUGCCAGGGGUCUCCUGCAUCUCAGCAGCUGGCCAAGCUUGAAAAUACGCACAAAAACCUGAUUUCCCUUUCUAUUCAUCUCUCCCAUCACUUGGGCAUCACGCCAAAUGUUCAAUCUCCACCUUGUGAGAAAUUCCAGAUCCUGUCCUCUUUGUGGAGUAGCCUGAUAAAAGCAGCUAAGGAUAAUGACAUUCACAGGUUGGCAGAUUUCAUUGCAACAGAUGAUAUCCACCCAAAUCUUGCACCAGUAACAAUGGAACUGAGAAAACUUAUGCACAAAUCCUUCUUUGUCCGUUCCAGCUCAACAGCUCUGUCAAGGCAAGGACAUUACUCUCUGCAACUUGAAUCCUAUACCUGGGCCACUUCACCCAUUCGCCGAUAUCUGGACAUUAUUAUCCAACGUCUCCUUGCCAUGGUCCUAUGCGGGGAAGCAGAUCUUCCAUACAGCAAACAGGAAAUUGACAACCUAUGUAUGGAUUUCAACAGAAAGAAUAGAACGGCUUCAAAUUAUGAAAAAAAGGCUCAAUGCCUCCACUUUGCAACACAGCUUAGAAGUCAAGUGGUACAAAAGCUGGUAUUCGCUGUUGAAGUUGAAUCGUUAACCAGAUGCUUCAAGGUCAUAUUCCCUUUGAAGUAUAAUGCCCUAUCAGAGCUCCUUGAUAUAAAUUACAGAACUCUGCAACUGGUGGAUCAACCUGCCUAUGAUGAGAGCACAAAAACAAUGAAGUUAACAUGGAGGAAACGAAUCUACUGCUUAGAAACAACAAGAAAUUCUAUUCUUCCACCUGCACCAUUUUGCAACCCACAUGUCUGCACUAUUAAUGCUAACACUUGGCAGCAAGUUGUGCAAGCGGUCAGGUUGGAAAGAUUUUCUGAAGUGGCUGCCCUUCUCCUGGAGAACAGUGAAGGUGUCAAAUCCAAUGGCAAGCAAGGGCACUUUGGCAAGAUAGAUGUAAGCAAGUGUCAAAUUUCUUCGGUUUCACAUUAUGUACACAUUUCCCUGGAGGUGAAAAAUGGUGAUGCAUUGCAGUUGCAACUGAGCACAGAUAUAAAGAAUGGUUUUUUGGUGCCAGCUGUGCAAUUGUUGAGUAUAACUCCAGCCUUUGAGAUUUGCAUUGAACAUGCAGAAAAUCCCAUUAUAUGCUUCUCAGAAUAUGCCUCCAAGUCGCCUCAAAAGACCUAUAAUAGUGCAAAGGAAUACCAAAGAAUCUGGGGACCAUUGUGCGCAAUGGAAUCUGCAUCAAGUUCUGUUUGCGAGAAUGAAGUUAUAGUCAUCUAUGAUGUUAAAAUAACUUGGAAGAGGGAGAAUACACAUGUUGGGAAGCUUCAGGGCACAUUCUGUAUUCCUAAAGAAUUUUGUAAAAACUGGCACCUUGGAAGUGCCCUGACUAAUUGCUAUCUGUGUAUCCGGUGUAGAGGCUUGAAAAAGAAACCAGAAAGGAAUCUGACCGGAAAUGAUGAGGCUCUUCAUCUAAGUUUUAAAGCCCUUCACAUAUCAGAAAACACCUCAGAGUUGAACAUUGACCCUGACAAUUACAUUUGGGUAGCACAUGCUGUGACUGAAGAGUUCCAAAAUGAUGGUCCCAAACCUGACAGAGAGACCUACAAUAAGACAAACUUUUCUGUGUACAAAACCACCAUGGAUAUGAUCCCAAAUGAAAUAUUCCAGAAGGAGACAAAGUUUGUGGUGGAGAUUAUUCCCAAACUACUUCCUGAUCUACGGAAAGAGCGUGCUAUUCAGAAUCUUCCGAAUUCUUCACAGCUUGCACAGAAUAUAGCAUUGGGUCGACACAUACCUCUCACAAAUAACUCCGAAUUACCAUCAAAUGUAUUGAAACAGACCAACUAUUCCCUUCCUGAAUUUGAAGACCUCAAUAGAAGCCAAAUACAAGCAGUUCAACGAGCUCUUAGGAGCCCUUUUGCUCUCAUUCAAGGACCACCAGGAACAGGAAAAACGGUGGUCGGAGUUCACAUCGUCUAUUGGUUCCACAGAAUGAAUUACGAUUAUAACAACCAAAACUAUCCAUUGGACAAGGAAGACAGAGAUAAAAGAUGUAUACUUUACUGUGGACCUUCAAACAAGUCUGUCAAUGUUGUUGCUGAAUACCUGUUGAAGCUGCAGAAGUAUCUGAAACCACUCCGUGUUUACAGUGAGCAGAUGGAAAUGGUGGAUUUUCCAUAUCCUGGGAGCCAACUGAUGAUCUCGAAGAAGUCAGUUCGGGAAGGAAAACCGAAACCUAACCUGAGGCCAAUAACACUUCAUUACAAAAUACGUGAACCAUCUAAUCCUUUUGCGUCUAAAAUAAAAGCAUAUGAUGAAAUGAUUCAAAGUGGAACAAUAGUGACAGAAGAAGACAUAGAUGAAUACAAGAAAUUGCUCAGCAAAGCACGGAAGCAUGAACUAAGACGUCAUGAUGUCAUCCUUUGCACAUGUGCCACUUCUUCCAGUAAGGUUCUACAAGAAAUGAGUGUGCGGCAAAUAUUGGUGGAUGAGAGUGCCAUGUGUACUGAACCAGAACUGUUAAUCCCUAUUGUUGCACAUAAACAAGCAAAUCAGAUUGUUCUUUUGGGUGACCAUAUGCAACUACGGCCUAUUAUAAGCAAUGAGUUCUGUCGGCGUCUUGGCAUGGAGACAUCGCUAUUUGAGCGCUACGAUAAACAAGCAUUGAUGCUUAAUGUGCAGUAUCGGAUGCAAAAAGAAAUUUGCCAGUUUCCUUCUCAGAUGUUUUACAACGGGAAGCUGGAAACUGAUCCUAAACUUGAACGUCGUCCCCAAAGUGUCUUCUAUCAUCGUGGAAAGAGGACCUGCCCAAUAAUCUUUGGGCAUGUCCUGGGAAAUGAAGUUAGUUUGAUGGUCUCAACUGAGGAGGGAAAUGAGAAUUCCAGAGCAAAUAAAUUGGAGGCUGAGAAAGCUGUGUUCAUUGUGAAGCAGUUAACCUUUGCCAAAAUCAAACCAAACGAUAUUGCAGUUUUGACACCCUACAAUGCCCAGGUGUUGGAGAUAAACAAGCUGCUCAGUGCAAAAGGAAUUACAGGAAUAACUGUGUGCACCAUCAUAAAAAGUCAAGGAAGUGAAUGGCGUUAUGUCAUUCUUUCUGCGGUUCGUUCACUUCCACAACGAGAAAUUGAUAUGCAACCUUCCAAGUCCUGGUUGAAGAAAUACUUAGGUUUCAUCACUGAUCCAAACCAAGUGAAUGUUGCACUUACAAGAGCAAAAGAAGGCCUUUGUAUUUUGGGAAAUGAGUGUUUACUGCGCUGUAGUAAUCCCUGGAAGGAUCUGCUGGCACAUUAUAGAAAGAAGAAUGCUUUGGUGAAUGCUGAUGAUAUUACUGUAAGAAAAUAGUUGGGACAUAGCUGCCCAACACAAAAGAGGAAUCUCAGGUUUUCUAGAUUUGGAGUUUUGUUUUAAAAUGCUUGAAAAACAUUCAAAUUGGCUUUAGAUUCCAAAGUCAAGACUUCUAUGUGCAUCGUUGUCACUCUAUCUGAUUCCCAUACCAGUUUUGAAAAUGAUUCUUUGUUGAAACAAUUAGCUAAUUAUUUAGUGCAUGACUGUCUUAAUGCAAAUAUUAUGGAGUCAAAAAAGAUUUAAUGAAUUUUAACAUUUGAUAAUGUAUUGCACUUUUGUCUUAAACUGUGUAAGAUAUAUUCUCUAAAUUCAAAAUCUAAGAAUUUUAUAAUUAGGUGCUAGUUUAUAAAUAAAACAAAGGAAUACAGUAUAGAAUUGUAAUAAAACAUCUAUUGUGGGUCUGAGCACUUUCUUCUUAGAUUUUAUAUAAUAACUACUGUUUGAACUAAUUGGCUAAUCUGCUAGCUUUAUGAAGUAUUUGGGAUUGUCUACAUUUGCCACUAGAUAAUUGGAAAGGAAAUAUAUUUUAAUUGUCUAUUUUGAAAGUGAAAUUUAUGUUUCAUUUUAACUCAGUAAAUGGUAUUAUAUUCUCCCAACUUCAAGAGCCUUUAUAUCAUAACAUGAAGACCUGCAAAUGCUGGAGAUUUGAAGCAAACAUUUAGCAGGUCUAACAGCAUCUGUGGAGAAAGAAACAGAGUUAACCUUUUGACCCUUCUGAUGAAGGGUCAGUGGACUAAAAUGUUUUCUCCAUUUUUCCCUCCCUAAGCCAUGAACAACUUUUUGUGUAGCAGCUUGUCAAAUUGCUUUUGCAAAUCCUUAUAUACGGCAUGCAUUGGUUCCUAUUUCUCUGCAUUGAGACAUGCUCAUCUUAGUAAAUUUGUCAAACACAAUUUCCCUUUCUGUUGACUCUGCCUAAUCAUUUUAUGAUCCUACCUAAGUAGAACAUAGAAAACUGGCUACUUGAUCUGUAAGUAGAAUGUUGCCAUAUAAAAAGGAGUUUUAUAAUUAGCUAUGAAUUUAAGAUGUAUACAUUAUUCAUAAAGGUCCUUCUGAAUAUUGUGUCUGGGAGCAGGAAUCAGUCCCUUAAGGUGCAAUUUCUAUUUUUAAGAAAUGAAAAUCGUCUUCUACUUAAUGCAAUGACUUUUUCAAAAGAACUUAAAACUUUCAGAUAUUUGCUGCUGGAAAAGCUUGUGGUAUUGUAGUUUAAAUUGCUCAACUUCUUUAUCCAAUUCCUUUAAAUUGCUAUAUUUUCAAUUGAAGGUUUUCCAUUCCUCUUAGGCAAUUCAUCCUCACUGUUGCAAGUUGCAGGGUAGGUUGAUUGAAACAAUCAGACUUUCUGUGGAGAGCACAAAUGUCUUUCUAAAAAUAGACCAUAAACUACCUAUGGAGAGGCACAUUGCCUCAUGACCAUAUAAUGAAGAUUCCCAACAGACAAUGGACCAAGCAAGAGACUCAAUGUUAGAACCUCCAAAUUGGAAUCAGUUAUCUCCACUACUGGAGCUGGUGGGCAACUUAAAUUUGAUAUAUUUUCUGAUGUGCAGGCUAUAGUAAUUGCCAAUAAGUAUAAUAAACCGAGAAAUAAUUUCCAAAACUAAUAAACAAAAAUUUAAUGUAUUUAAAUGACUUCCCUCUGAGCAUCCAUAUGAAGAGACAUAAACUUUCUUAUUUUUAAGGUGAGGUCUGUGGAAUAAUGAGGUUUUUUAUUAUUAUUAUUACUUGUGUUUUACUGACUUUGAAUUUUGAAUUCCUACUACUGAAUCCAGGUUGGUGAAGGCGUAGAUUCUAAGCAGCAUAAUUAAUGUUGCUCUGUCAAUCUUGUACCACAAAGAUUGUCUUGCUGACUAGAUAAUAGAGUAUUGGCUGUUAUAGUGUAAAAAUUAAGGAAUGUGAAAUGGUCAUCUAACCUUCAAAGACCCACCACCCACCCACACACCUACCCCACCCUCCAGGUCCUCAUUUCGUGGCCAGUUUGGGCUCAGUUUGAACACAUUCAAAACCCAUUCAUGCAGGCAGCAUUAAAAUCUUCUGUAUCCAUCAAUCACGUAUUUGCCAAUCCAUGCCAAAAAAUAAGUAGCAACAGAAAUCAACAUCUGUGGGCACUUUUAGCCUAUUAUUAACAAGCAAAUUUCAUCAUUCGUGGGGAUUCUCAGGAACAGAACUCUUGUGGAUAUGGAAAAAUGACUGUCGGUCUAAUAUUCCUUUGCUUAUUCAGCAUUUCAUAUAAUCUUUUUAAACUGUCAGCUGAACCAGUUCCACUGAACUAGGGUGGUGUAAACUUGAUGGCAGUCCUCAAUUUUAAGUUAAUCUUUUUUUUAAAAAAUGUUUUUUGUGUCUUUUCUUGGUUUAGUAUACAACACCUCUCUAUAACCAUACUAAUUCAGUUAGUUAUGUAAAAACAUGGAUCAUUUUAUCAUAUCUCUUGAUGAAUCGCUUUAUGUUGGAGCAGACCUGAGAUCAAUGUAUCAGCUUAUUAAGGAUAAUUUUUCUGGUACAGAAUAGCUUCUGCAGUCUUUUCACAUUUUGAAGGUAUUAAAUGAGUAGCUGCCUCUGCCCGACAUCAUUCAAUUUCCGGAGUACUAAAAUACAAUAAAAACCUUUUUUUAAAAAAAUGCAUAUUUAUCCAUCUAAAAGCACAACAACUAAGUGCUACUAUAAUAACCUGUGACCAAAAAGUGAUGUUAUGUAGUUCUUUAUUUCUGUGAUAGUGCAAUUGUUUUUAAAAAAAGAGGUGUCUGUUUUGUGAUUUAUGAAUUAAUGUUAUUUUGGAACUGGUAUCUUUAUAUUUUUCUCAGUGAAUUUGUUAAGUAUUAGUAAUAAAUUUCCACCAUUGAAUUUGCGUUGUUAUAUGUUUUGUGUGGGGACAGAAAAGCUGUGCAUUGGGUAUACUGCAUGACUACUCUGUGAGACCUCAGUCACCUUGUGCGGAUUACAAUGUUUUGAAUGUAUCACUGUUUUAUAGGGCUGUCCUCUGUCAUAUUGAAGUUUCAAUAGUAAUGGAAUGAAAACUUAUUUCUUUAAACAAAGCUUCAUCCAUAGCACAUUCUUGAUAUGAAAAAUGUUAACUUUAAGGAUUUUAAUUUUUUUUACAUUUAAUAAAGAAUAAGUGAAAGGUG